CCUAACCUCGCCCUCCAUUCCCCCCCCCACUCGCAGCCUCCCAUGCUUAACACAACAUCCAGCUCUUCAAAUCCUUAACAUCCAAGCCUAGGUAAGGUUUUCAAGGUUCAAAAACAUGGGUUCUCUUUCACUUUCCUUAAAAGUUAUAUUACUUUCAACGAGUGUGUUGUUCUUGUCCUUGUGUCUCAAAAUCUCUGUUCCAUUAGUGCAUGAUUUCUCUGUAAAUCAAGCUCCUCUUCUUUGGAGUUCAAUCCUUUCUUGGCUUAAACCUCCUUAUCUUUACGUUAUCAUAAACUGCAUCAUCAUUACCAUCGCUGCUUCCUCGCGUUUCCACCACAGCCACAGCACCGCUAAUAGCACUACUACUCACGAUCAAAUUGAGAAAAUCCCAAUGGAUGAGUAUCUUCAUGAUGAGAUGAAGAUUUCCACAGUGGAGAUUCAGACUCGUCAUUUUGAUGGUCUGGAAUCGAGGGCUGAGAUUGAUUAUCAGGACAGAGAAGAGGAACGACAAGAAGCGGCUCAUCAUGAGCAAGUUGUUAUUGAAGACAAGGGUAUUGUUAACGCUGUGGCAGUGCUAGAGGAUAGCAAAAACGAAACGGUUGAUGAUUUUGUGCUAUCCAAGUCUACGUGGGUCCCGCCUAUAAAGAGGAUUGAUUCGUCGGAGAACCAUCUGUUGCUGCCGGACAACCUUUCUCCUGUGGAGAAACCCCUGGUUUCUUCUAGGUUCGGUCACCGGAAAUUUGUUAAAGCUAGCCCUGAAGGUGGAAGGGCGUUAAGGGUAGCAAAGCCAAAACGGCACGAGACAUUGGAGAAUACUUGGAAGACGAUAACAGAGGGGCGUGCAAUGCCGUUAACAAGGCACGUGAAGAAAUCGGAGACGUUCAAGGACACGUGGGAGAAUCAUGGCAGUCAGUUUAAUACAAGUGUCGUGGACCCACAUGAAGUGAAGAAAUCAACGACGUUCAAGGACAGGACCAAUUAUCAGCUGCCACUUGUCAACUCGUCCUCUCCUUCUUCAGGGAAACUAAGGAAAGAGCCUUCACUGAGUCAAGACGAGUUGAACCGGCGAGUUGAGGCUUUUAUUAAGAAAUUUAACGAGGAGAUGAGGUUGCAAAGGCAAGAGUCAUUGAAUCAGUACAAGGAGAUGACUAGCCGUGGAAAAAGGCAUGGCAUUAAUUAAUUUUUUAAAAAAAGUUGUGUGUUUAAUUACAUGGUUUUGAUGGGUUUGGAUUAAAUUAAAAAUUUGAAGCUAUAAAGAAUUUGUUUUUUUUUUCAAUUAUUAUUAUUAGGUAGAUCCCAAACACAGACGGGUUAAGAAAUUUAUUUUGAUUUAUAGAAAUGUGUAAAGGAAAAAAAAUUAUAAUUUUGUGUUCUUUCAUUCGUGUUUAAAUGAAUUCUGGCUUUUUAGUAUUA